GAAUUUAGUUUUACAGAUUAGGAUGCAGAACGAGCCUGUUGUGUACAAAUGUCUUCACAUUGCCUUUUAAAUUAUUUGUCAUUCGCCGUCCCCAACUCAAAACCUCAACUUUUCCCUUUUCCAUUCUCUUUCCAUUGCAAUACCUUUUUCUACUGCAAUCUUAUACGUCCAGAGCAAGUCUGUCAUAAGUUGAGGAGUUUUGCGCCACUUGUUCCUCUUGCUGCUAGGUCUUCGUCGUCAAAAGGAACAGAAGACACGGAAGAAGUAAUCGCUGAAGCUAGGGAGGCUGUCAGCUAUUAUCUACAAGAACUUGGUGUUUCCCAUAAGGAAUCCAUCGAAAUAGCCCUCAACUCACCUAAUUACGUUAGCAUGCUGAUAGAUAGCGUCCGUGAACUGGAUGAGUUUUCCUUAUGGAAUUCCACUGAUUUUGAAAACGCAUAUGACCCGGUUCCUGCAAUUCCACCUUUCAAGAGCAAGGUCUACCUGAUGGCAAAACAAAAAGGUGAUAAGGGCAUGCUUCCCUUCUUGGAGAGCAUUGGCCUCACUCUCUCUUCUGCAACACACUUAGCUCGCUACCUUUCCUCUAAUUCUCUCUUUCAGACACUACCUACCCUUAUCAAUAAGGUUAAGUAUGUGAAGAAAAUAUUCUUUGCAAACAGUGAUGAUGGAGGACAUAUUGCUAGAAAUGCCCGGCAAAUGAUGAUGCACUUGUCCAUCAGUAUUGAUGAGGAUGUCCAGCAGACCUUGUCAUUUUUUGAGAAGAUUCAAGCAAGACGUGGAGGUCUACAUUUGUUAGGUUCGCAAGAUGCAUCUUUCCGACAUCUUAUUGAGUCAUUUCCACGACUUCUUUUGCUACCUAAGGAGAGUCAUAUGAAGCGUCUGAUGGUAUUUCUUGAUGAUAUUGGAGUGGUGGAAGGAUGUAAGAGACAGAUUCUUCUUUUGUUUCCGCCUAUUAUUUUCUAUGACAUUGAAAAGGAUGUUAGACCAAGAUUGCAGGCGAUCCUUAAGGAUGGUCUGGAGGCUAAAGAUUUUGGGCAGAUGUUGCUGAAAUAUCCAUGGAUUCUUUCAAGGAGCGUUCUGCAAAACUACGAGAACAUUCUGAUUUUCUUUGAUGAUGAAAAGGUGCCAAAAUUUAGUGUAGCUCAGGCAAUUAAAAGCUGCCCGCUCCUUUUGGGGUUGUCAGUUAACAAGCUGAAAUUGGUGGUGGAACAGUUGCGUGACUUCGGCAUUCGAAACCAGAAGUUGGGUAAGGUGAUUGCUACAAGUCCUCAGCUAUUACUACAGAAGCCUCAGGAAUUCAAUCAGGUAGUGUGCUUCUUAAGGGAUCUAGGCCUGGAUGAUGAUAUUAUUGGUAGGAUACUUGGUCGCUGUCCUGAAAUUUUUGCAUCGAGCAUCGGGAGAACUCUUAAGAGAAAACUCAACUUCCUAAUGGGUAUUGGAGUUUCCAGAAGUCAUCUUCCCAGGAUUAUCAAGAAAUAUCCUGAGUUUUUUGUAUGUGACAUCCACAGAGCUUUACGUCCAAGAAUGACGUACUUGAUGCAUGUUGGACUUUCGAAGAGGGAGGUAGCACUAAUGGUUUGCAGGUUCUCUCCAUUGCUUGGCUACAGCAUAGACGAAGUUCUCAAGCCUAAGGUAGAAUUUCUGACGAACUCAAUGGGAAAACCAAUAAGUGAUGUAGUUGAAUACCCAAGAUAUUUCAGCUACUCUUUAGAGAAGAAGAUAAAACCUAGAUUUUGGGUGCUCAAGGGUAGAAACAUGGAAUGCAGCUUGAAAAGUAUGUUGGGUAAAAAUGAUGAAGAAUUUGCUGCAGAGUUUGGAGAGGGGGCGAAGAUACCACUUUAAUUCUAGUUACUCGGUGUGGAGUUUCAAUACAGAGAGAUUAUUCUUCCUUGUCUUACGUGCUUAACUAUAAAUGAGGCUCAACAUUGUCUCUUCAUCUUUUGACUUUAGAUUUUACAUGGAGCAUAAACAGUGUUCCAUUUUUUAAAAGUAUAAAUAUUGGUAUUAGUAUAUAUCUGUAACACCUGUUACUAUUUAACAGGGUUGACAUCUUGCAACACAUAAUAUUUGGAUUUGGAGUUUU